AUGCCUUCUUGGAAGAUACGUCUACAACAAUUACAAGAUGAUGCAACAACAAAUAGGUCAAUAUUGGAAGUAGAACCAGUAUUUCCAAUACAGAUUAACGAAAUAUAUGAUCUCAAAGAUCAUAAUUCAUACAUAUGGAAUAAAGAAAACCAGUUUUCGAAAUGGGUAAUAUCUAGUAAUAGAGAAUUCAAGAAACCAAGACCAAUAAAAAGCACACAUAAUAGUAGUAGUAUAUGUCUUAAUGCUCAUAUGAUAUUUCAAUCAGAAUUAGAAUCUGCUUUUGAAGAAGUGGAAAAAUGGAUAAGGAAAGAACAUAGAAAGUUUAAUGAUACUUACAAGAAUGAAACGGAAAAGAUAUUGAUAUUGCUUGAUAUAAUAAUAUUUAGAGAUAAGAUAAAACAAAUAUCUGUACCGGUAGCUAUAAUUAAGGACAUAGAUAAUCAAGUGAUAAUGAGGAUAAGAAACGAGCAAUGGGUAUCUCCCAAGAACAUUCUGUUAAUAGCACUAAUUGUCAUUGCAACAAUAUUAGAUAGAAAAUCAAACAUAAAAAAAAUGUUGAAUGCUAGAUCGUUGGAAAAAACAAUUGAGAAAAUAUAUAAUGACAAACAGCUGCAAAUUGAAUAUGUAAGAAAAGAAUCACAUGCAAGCUUAUAG